AUGAAGUAUACAAUUAGACGAACAUUUUCAUUAACAAACAAAAAGUUUAAAAUUAUUCGUGAUUCAAAGUCACUUUGUACAGUCAAAACUGCUUUUUCCAAAGAGUACACAAAUCGAUACGAAUUUAAUUUUUUCAAUCGAUUUAAUAAGCAGAUUACUUGCAUUAUUGAACCAGAUCCAAGGCAACCACAAAGCUAUUCAAUUCUUUUACGUAAUAGCCAAACAAACGAAACAAGUAUCUUUGCUCGAUUAUCCUAUAAACUGACUGGCUAUAGUGAUUAUCUCUAUACGAUUAUUAUUGGCCAAAAGUUGUAUCAGGUACGAAGUUGUGAUUUAAAAUAUCGUCGUUUGACUAUUAUGGAUGAAACUCAAGUAAACGAAUCGUCUGCUGUUUGCUGUCCACAAAUCUUAUUGCAAGUUCUUGAUUCAUUUUCAAAAUCUAAUGACAAAUAUCAUUUAAUAAUCAACGAUACAAAAUACGAAUAUGGUUAUAUUGGUAUUGUCAUUUUACUUUAUUUACAUGAAUAUCAACGAAAUAUUUCUUGA